CCAAAAAAAAUAACAAAUACUUAUAAAAUUAAAAAAAAUUUUAAAAAAUAUGCUAUAAAAAAUAAAAUACGAGACACUUUACUAUGGCCGUUAUGAUAAACUUCGCAAAAAAUUUUUAAGUUCGGAUUUUGAGCCCGAAGAAUGUAAAGUAUUAGAAUUAAGCUAUUAACAUGCAACUGAAUUACCAAUUCAGAAAUGUUUAGAAGUAGUAAAAAAUCUUUAAAUAUUGAAAUUAUCGCACAAUUCAAUAUAACGUUUUGACUCCAGUAUAUUAAUAAAAGGUUGUCCUUAAUUAGAAAUACUGGAUUUAUCGAAUAAUAAAAUCGACAUAUUAGAUGAUAUAGUAGAGUUAGGUUCAUUAUAAAAUUUAGGAGCUUUAGAUUUUCAAUAUAAUCCUAUAUCUAAUCGUUUAUCCAGUAUAAAUUUAAUAAAGGAACUUUUAUAUCCCGAAAAAUAUAAAAAAUAUGACCCUGUUAAAAUUCUAACUGUGGGUUAUCAAGCAAUGCCUCCAACUCGACUUUCUCGUUAAGAUGAAGAAUAAAUGUAAAAAGAUUUAGAAAUAAACGAACUUUUUGAUGAAGAGCUAGACCCAAGAGAGACUAGAUAAUUAGUGAGUAAAUAUGGCCACAAAAAUACAUUGGCUAAAUAUGCAGUAUAGCCUUGUCCAGUUCCAAGGAAAUCGCGAUUCAAAAAUUUGGUGAUUUUAAAUGGAUAGGAUAUCACAAAGUUGGAUGUGAUGAGGGCUUCAGGCAAAGAUAAAAUUUCUGAAAUUAUAGAAGAUGUGAAUGAAGAAAAAAUAAAACCGAUGAAAAUUUAAAGAUAAAACGAUAUAACUCAUAGAAAAUAUAUUCAGAAAUAUGUUAAGAAGAUCUAGAGGCUUACAGAAGAGCAUAUGUCAACAAAUAUUAGGAAUAUAAAACAAAGUGGAGAUGGGAUAGGGGGAGACGAAGAUUUGAAGUAUUUAUCAAAAUUGGAUGAGGCUUUAUAGAAAGGGUCAAAGUUUGUAAUUGAUCCAAAAAAAUAUGCUGCUGAUAUUUGGCAAACUCCUUUAGAUAUUUAAUAUAAAAAUUCUACUUUUUCAAUUUCGAUUAAAGAAUAUAAGAAAAUGUUAUAGGAAUAUGAAGUUUAGAAAAAAUUAAAGCUCGAAAAUAAAAAAUAAUAGUAUUAGGAAAGAAAAAAUUCAAGGAAGGCUAGAGUUUUUGCGAAAUUGUAAAGGGCAGGAAUAUAACCUGUAACAAAAGAAGAAUUAGAAAAAUAUGAAGAAGAAGGGUGCAAAUUUGAAAAUAUAGAAGACUUAUUUAAAAUAAAAAGUAAAAAAGACAGAAUGAAAUAUGAUUUGGAUAGAUUAGAAGAAAAAAAAUACAGAAGUAGUGAAAGUGAACUUUCUGAAGAAUUCGAAAAAUAAAUUCAAAAUGAAAGCUUUUCAUAAUAAAAUAAUUAUUCAAAUAAAAAUUAGGAUGAAGAUUUGUAAGAAAUUACAAAUUAAGAGGAAAAAAAUAAACAAAAGAAUAAAAAGUCACAUUAACCUUAAAGUAAUUAAGAUGUUGAUGUUUUAGAAUUAAAAAGAAAAUUAGAAGAUAAUAAUAAAUUGAAAAAAUAGGCACUUUCAUAGAAAUAACCUUAUUCUUAAAAUGCAGAAAUAUCAAAGAAAUAAUAAAGAAAUAAGGAAAUUUUAAAAUUCUAAAAAAAAAAUAUAGAAAAAUAAGAAGAAGAGGGAGAAAAGAAAAAACAAGAAAACGAAAAUAAUGAAAAAUAAAAAUAUAAUGAAUAAGACAUUUAAUAAACAAAUAAAUAAGAUAAAAAUAAAUCAAAAAACAAUAUUUAAUAAUAAUAAUAAUAAUAAUAAUAAUAAUAAUAAAAUAAAUAAUUGGAUUUGACUUCAAUCAAUUAAUAAUAAUAAUUUUAAUUAAGACUAGAAAAUGAUGACAAUAUUGAAAAUAUAGUAAAGUAGAAUCAGUAAAAAAAAUGCUAAAAAAAAAAACCUUUUUUUAAAUAAUAAUAAAAAUAAAUAAAGUAUAAAGAAUCCUUUAAUUAAAAAUAAAAAAGUUAAAAAAAAGGAACAUAUUAUCCAAUGAAAAAAUCAAAAAAUAAAGAAUAUAAAUCUGAAAAAAAAACAAAAAAAGCAGACAACUUUUUCAUAAAAUAAACUAAUAAUUCAAAUAUAAAAUAAGAUCUAAUAAUGCGAAGCGAAAUUCCAAGUGAUAAAUUAGUCCCUACAAUAGAAUAAGGAAUGGACCCUAAUUUAAGAAAUUAGGCUCUUUUUAAUCCUGAGAAUGAAAUGUAUUAAUAAAUAUAAAAGUUUAAUUAAAAAGUGGAAGAAUUCAAUAACCUUAAAGAAUCUUUAAAUGCACUUGAUAUAAAAUUAGAAUAGCAUAAUAUUUAAAAAAGACCUGAAGAAAAGUUCAAUAAAUAUAUUAGAUAUGACGACGUAUUUAAGUUCCUAAAAGAAACAGUUAAAGAUUUUAAAAUAUAAAAUAGCUAUGAUUUAGCAAAUUAUUUAUAAUUUAAAUUUGGGAAAAGAAUUCAAUAAUAGCCUCAAAAAAUGUCGGCUUUUGAACUAAAUACUAUUAUUAAUAAAGUAAAUGAUUUUAAUAAAAAUAAUGCUCCUAGGAUCGUUGAAAAGGAAAUUAAUGAAUAAUUAAGAAACAAUCCUAAUAUGGAUUUCAAAUUGAGAGAAUAAUUAUAUGAUUAACUAGAUACUUUGGAAGAAAUCAAACUUAAAAAAAUGAAAGUUUCUUAGGAGCAUUUAAGAAGACUUGAAAAAAAAGAAAUUGAAAGGGCAGAACAUAAUGCUAGACUUGCAUAUCAUUAUUAUAAGUUAAAAAAUUUUAUUGAUGAUGGAAAUUUAGAAAAAUAUUUAAAAAGACUUAAUUUGGGUUUAGAUGGUAAAAAUAAUUAAGGAAAAAUUCAAUUUAAGAAAAAAGUUGUUAAAAAAAAUAAUAUCGAUUAUGAUGAAAAUAAUGUCCCUAAUUAUUUUAAUAAAUAGAAGAUUAAAAAUAUAGUAAAAUUUAUUAAUAUAUAAAAUACUUUCAAAUAAUUUUAUUUAUUUAUAUAGGAAUAGCAUCUUAAAAAAGAACCCAAAGGAUUCGUUGGAUAACUAGAAAAUUUGUUGUAACUUAAAAAAUAUUAAUAUCCUGCUAGAGAAAUACCUUAGUGUAAUCUUUCUGGUUUUAUUGUUGAAAAAUAUCCAGAUAUUAAUGAAUGGGCUAACUCUCGUUUAUAUAUACCUUAGCCAAAGCUCACUUUUGAAGAUUUAAAGGAAUAACAUGACAGAAAAAUAAAAGAUGAAUUUUAGAAAAGUAGGAAUAAUUAAGUGCUUACUAUUGAAGAGUAAAUGAUGAAAUAUGCUUCUGAAUUUAAAGAAAAGGAAUAGGAAAGAAACGAUCUAAGAAAAAGAAUUGAAGGGUAUGUAAAAGAUGGUAAAAGAGUACUUAAUGAAUUUAUGGAUUAAGAAUACUAUGAAAUUGAUAAAAGAUUUAAUGUAAAUCAUUGCAUUGGUGAAUAUAUUAAACUUAUGAGAGAAGGAAAAUUACCAAAAAGAAUUCCUUAAAAUGUUAAUAAGAAAAAUAAUUGA